AUGUCUUCUACAACCCACUUCCCUGACCCUGACAGCUUCCAGCGUCAAUCGGAUGAGUUUAUCACCUGGCUGGCUGGCAGACCAGGCGUCAGAAUCAACCCCAAGAUCCGUCUCGCGGACCUGAGAUCUCAGGCUGCAGGCAGAGGUGUCGUGGCCCAAUCCGAUAUUCCAGAGGGCGAAGAACUCUUUUCAAUUCCCCGCGGGCUCAUUCUGACACCUCAGAAUUCGAAGCUGAACGAUGUGCUGUCCCAACAGUUGGAGGAGCUCGGCCCGUGGAUGUCCCUGAUUCUGGUGAUGAUCUAUGAGUACCUUUCAGGAGACCAGUCCACCUGGUCCCCGUACUUUAAAGUUCUCCCCAGGAACUUUGACACCUUGAUGUUCUGGUGUCCAUCUGAGCUUCAGGAGCUCCAGGGUAGCUCAAUCGUCGAUAAGAUCGGGAAGGAGGGUGCCGAGGAAUCCAUUCUCGAGAUGAUCGCCCCCGUCGUCCGUGCGAAUCCUUCCCUCUUCCCUCCCAUUGAUAACCUCCCCUCAUACGACGGAGAUGCCGGUGCUCAGACUAUCUUGAACCUUGCUCAUGGCAUGGGUUCCCUCAUAAUGGCCUAUGCGUUCGACAUCGAAAAAGCCGAGAAUGACGACGAGGAGGGUGAAGAUGAAAGUGGCUACAUGACCGAUGAGGAGGAACAGCUGUCUAAAGGCAUGGUUCCUCUCGCAGAUCUCCUGAACGCAGAUGCGGAUCGGAAUAAUGCCCGUCUUUUCCAAGAGGAGGAUGCUUUGGUCAUGAAGGCAAUCAAGCCCAUUGCAGCAGGGCAUGAAAUUUUUAACGACUAUGGAGAAAUCCCCAGAGCUGAUCUCCUGAGACGAUACGGCUAUGUCACCGACAACUACGCCCCUUUUGAUGUCAUCGAAGUCUCUCUGGAGCAAAUUUGCCAGGCUGCGGGCCUUGGAAAUGCUGAUAUCGAGUCUCAGCCUCCGCUCCAAUUUCUUGAAGACCUCGAGCUCCUUGAUGACGGAUACGCCAUUCCCAGGCCCUCGCCUGAGGAUUCGCUGACGGAUAUUCUUCAAGAUGAGCUUCUUGUGCUACUCAAAACGCUGACCCUGUCACCACAGCAAUUGGAGCACCUAAAGUCAAAGGACAAGCCCCCGAAGCCUACCUUUGAUCAGGCAGAAGCAGCCAUUCUCCAAAAAACGAUCCAGCUCAAGGCGGCGCAAUACGGAACCACUCUCGCGCAAGAUGAAGAACUGCUGGCACGAUUGAACCAGUCCGAUGCCUCCAGUCCUUUGGAGGGAUCAUCCCGGCGACAGAAGAUGGCCAUCCAGGUCCGAGUCGGUGAGAAAGAGAUCCUGCAGCAUCUAUCCGCCAUGCUCAGUGGAGGUUCUGCCAUGAAACGAAACGCAGACGGCGAUGAUGAGUCGAGGAAAGCAAAGACUCAGAGAACAUGA